AUGGCAGUCCCUACACAGCGCAGAGCCGCGCCCAUGCCCCCCGGCGGCAGACCUCCCGCAAUACCCUCGCACCAGCACACACACCCACCGCCACGCCCGCGGCGGAGACACGGCACCAUGCCGCUGCUGCGCGCACUGCCGACCCUCCUCUUCUUCCUCGUUCUCGCCUCGCUCCCCCCGCCCGCCGCCGCCGUCUUCGUCAAUUUCGACAACUGCUUGGACAAGCUGUUCAUCGACAACAAUGUGCCUUUUCUCCAGUUCACGCCCAUGUACGUGUGGGCCGCCUUCGACACGGCCAACCCCACACACAACCUGAACGUCACCGUCUACGGAAACGUCUCUGGCCAAUCGGAUAGGGGCACCUUACCUCCGCCAGGCGAUCCGAGCUGGGAGAAUCCCAACAGGACCCUGAUCGGGAAGAUCAUCGAUGUCGACAAGGCCUCCAACAGAUACACCACCCUCUUCUCCGAUUUCAGGACCCUCACCUACUCGUCCUGGACCUCGCCAGGCAAGCAGUUCUGCGCAAACGUCUUGAACACCCCCGCCUCACGUUGCCCAAUGGCUCCCGCUUUUGAUGCCAAUGCGAGCGACCCGUACAGCUUGCCAGGCUUCACCGUGGCGCACGACUUCAACAGCACCUAUGCCUUCGCCACUUGGGCAUCGGAGCUGCGCAUCGUGUCCGGAGACGAGCGAAAGUACACCCUGGCCUGUGUCUCCGCAAACAUUACGCCCGACCUCGGCCAGAAGCUGUCCGACGCAAUAUGCUACCUGCCCGCCGCGGUGCUCAUUCUGGUAGCCAUCGCGACCGUCUUCGCAGCCACGUGCAGCCCGUGGGGAACAUCCAACAUCUUCCGUUGGACCAGCAACUACGGCCGCGACGAGGACCUCUUGCGUCUCGUCACUCCAGGAUUCGGCGAUUGUCUGCAGUACAUCCAGUUCAUCGUCUUGGCGGGCAGUCUGAGCUUGAACUACCCUGGUUUCUUCCAGCCCGUCGUCAGCCAGGCCAGCUGGUCCGUUCUUCUCUUCAACGAGAGCUUCGUCAGCAAAGGGAACGGAUCGCAGAGUCUCGAUGACGGCAUCUACAUUGUCAACGGCACCUAUGGGCUGACCCGACUUGGCCAGUACGUCGGUCUGACCAUGGAGCGGGACAUGUGGGCCUGCAUGGCCAUUUUCCUGCUCGUACUCAUCGCCAUCGUCCUUGUCUUGACCCAGAUUGGCUUCAUGGCACGCUGGCUCAUGCGCAUGCUGACCGACACACAAGACGGCGACCUCACCGGUAAGAACUGGUCCUUUACCGCCGGCAACAUUGUCCGCAUCGUCUUCAACUUCUUCAUGUUGCCCAUCAUAACCCUGUCGCUCUUCCAAAUGGUCGUGGCCCCACGCUCGCCCGGAUCGGUGGUGGGAGCGGCUGUCGUGCUCCUCACGGGAGUCAUGGGCAUUGCCUUUUGGAUCUUCUGGCUCAUCUUCACUACGCGUCCGCGUGCUCACCUCUUCGACGAUCUUCCGACUGUGCUGAUGUAUGGACCGUUGUACAACACCUACUCGGACGACGCCGCACCCUUUGCCUUCACUCCUGUAUUGCUAACCAUCUUACGAGGCAUUGCUAUAGGCGCCAUUCAGCCCUCUGGCAUCGCCCAGAUCAUCAUGCUCGCCAUCUGCGAAGUAAUUCUAAUCCUAACUCUACACGCCUUCCGGCCCUUUCAGUCGAACACGUCGAUGAACGCUUACCACACCUUCUUCUCGGUCGUUCGACUCACCUGUAUCCUCCUCUCGGUAGCCUUUGUCCCUUCGCUCGGCGUCACGGAGUCCUCCAAGGGCUGGAUUGGAUACGCAAUCCUGCUUCUGCAUGCUGUUGUGCUCAUCUUCGGCUUCUUCCUCAACGCCCUCCAGACCAUUGUCGAGGUGGUUGCAAGAUUGUCGGGUGCGGGUGCGGACACCAGAGGCGGUCUCACCAAGGUUUUCGGCAAGCGCCAACUCUCCAAGCGUGUGAAUCACCGGAAACAACGGAGCAGUCUCAACUCCAACGCGGCCAUGCUGGUCAACGAUGAAAACAAAAACAUUCCCCUCAUGAACAGCCGGUCGCGUAGCCUGUCUGCCAGCUCUGCGGUACUGCUGAACCAGCCUUACGACAGGGAUGAGCAGCGUCGAAGCGGAGGGUUCGACUUCAGUUCCGGCGAAGGGACGAGUCCGGGUACGCCUGGAGUCAACGCCAUUCCCUUCCACUUCUUGGGAGGCAGUUCUGGCCAGACGUCACGGAGACCGACCAUGGGAACACAACUGGACGCGGCCGAUCCCUACUACAGGCCACCGCGUGUGCGUACCAAUACCAUGGACUCGGUAGGACCCGGAGCACGUGGCCGAGGGGCGCCGCCACUCGGAAGCGCAGACAUUGUUGACGUACCGUACUCGGACCAGAUGGACAUGGAGGCUGCCCACGACGCAGGCGAGGGUCCAUCGCGCGCAUCGCCAGCCUACCUGCGCGUGAACCGCGAGAACGACUCGGAUUCUCACCUGGAACGCGGCAACAACACGGACUACUCGGUUCGAGAGUCGGACUUUUACUACGGUCUGCGCGGACCAGCGUUGUCGUCACAGCCGAGUCGAAAGCUGAAGACGGGGCCUGCCGACCCCAUGAGCCCCGUGUCCUCUGCCACGGGCUGGUUCAAGAGUCUGAACUUGAUGGGCGGCGGGCGAAAGAAGGAAAAGAGCAAGGGAUUCGAGGUUGUCCGAAGCACUCGGAUGCCGCCGCAGCAGAUGAUGGCGGUAGAGGAGCAAGAGGAGCACGAGCCGUCAGCGCGACGACCCACGCAGGAGCCUUAUCGGGACGACCCUGAAUCGCCCGAAUCCAAGGAGAGCCAGCGGGGUCCACGACGAGGUGCAGCCUCGGCUGGCGUGCUUGCCGAGGAGAAUCGAAGGCUGUCCUUGAGUGACAGCGAGUCGGAUCACAGCGACGAAGAGCCCUUUGGCUACGACUCGGUUCGUGUUUCCGAGAUCCCGCCCAUGCUAGGCCCCAUCGAUGCGGGCGGCGGCAUCGAGCUUCCCAGUCGAGUUGGGUCGCGCAUCUCUCGCACGUCAAGACGAGGGCAAGCGGGCAAGCGAGCGCCGACGAUACCCAGAAAGAGCUCUCGACGGACAGCAUCGAGCGAUGCAGCCAUGGUGGAGAAGCAGGAGCGACUGUCGCGGAUCAUGGACUCUCCGCCCAUGGCGCAGGCGAGCCAGGGAUACCUGCAGCCCAGUGGUGGCACACUGCCCAUCCGGUUGCCGUUUGGAUCGACGGAACCUUCGCCCGAGCGAUCGCCUGGGGACUCGGCAGCGUCGAGCACGUACCGACACGUGCUCGCUCCACCGCCGGUCCUAGGCGGGCACGGGAUGGUCAGCACGGGGUACGUGCAAGGACACCGGACGCAAGACAGCUUCCACAGCGAUGGGUACGACGGGGCGGACGUGGAAGCGAGGGCGGAGAUUGUAGACCGAAGCCAAAGCGGCAGCACGCAGAUGAGUGCACGAAGUCGAAGGUCACGGCAACUCUAG